UGUUUGUGUUACGGAUAUUCAGGUCACAUUACUAAUAGUGUCAUGUGAUUUCCAAGUAUCCUGUUAUAUAAAAUGUGUGUAGUGAGAGAUAUAGUUUAAUAGUUAAUGAAGUAUAACGGUGUAAAGGUGUUCCUUGUUCAAGUUAAUAUUUUAUAGAAAGAAGAUAUCCUAAGAAGUUAAAAUGUUGUUCGGUGGUAUUUUAGUGUUGUGUGUAGCAUCAGUUCUAGCAGUACCAACCAGUGUCGAAUGGAUGAAGAUCGAACCAGUUAAUUUAAUUCAUGGUCAAGUUAAAGAAGUUAAAGACGCAGUAGCACCUACCAGUUACCAUCCAUAUGAUGGUAGUUGGAAUGAUUUCAAACUGGUUCACAAAAAGCAAUAUGAUGCUACUGAAGAACCUAAAAGAUUCAAUAUUUUUAUGGAAAAUGUAAAAAAGAUUGAAUUACACAAUCAGCUGUAUCAUGAUGGCAAAAAGUCUUACUACUUGGGCGUCAAUGAAUAUGCUGAUCUUGAAUUUGAAGAAUAUAAAAAAUUAAACGGGUUUAAAGCACGAAUCAAUGGAACAGAAUCUGGUUGUUCUACAUUUUUGACAUCUGCUCAUGUUUCUGCACCAAGUGAAGUUGAUUGGAGAAAGGAAGGUUAUGUUACUCCAGUCAAAAAUCAGGGUCAAUGUGGUUCAUGCUGGUCAUUCAGUACCACUGGUUCUCUAGAAGGUCAGACAUUCCGUAAAACUAAACAGUUGGUAUCAUUAAGUGAACAACAGUUGGUUGAUUGUUCAGCUAAAUUUGGUAAUGAAGGAUGUAAUGGUGGUUUAAUGGAUAAUGCCUUUUUAUAUGUUAAAUCUGUUGGAGGAAUUGAUUCAGAAUCUGAAUAUCCAUAUGAAGCCAAGGUCGAAUAUAAAUGUAAUUUUAAAAAAGCUGAUGUUGUAGCUGAUUGUACUGGUUGUGUUGAUGUAACUAGUGGUUCUGAAAGUGCUUUAAAAGAAGCUGUUGCCACUGUUGGUCCCAUUUCUAUAGCUAUUGAUGCUAGUCAUCAGUCAUUCCAACUUUACAAAGGAGGUGUUUAUGAUGAACCUGAAUGUAGUAGUACACAGUUGGAUCAUGGUGUAUUAAUCGUUGGAUAUGGUACAUUAGAUGGAAGUGAUUACUGGAUUGUUAAAAACAGCUGGGGAGAGACAUGGGGUAAAGAUGGUUACGUCUUGAUGUCCAGAAAUAAAGAUAAUCAAUGUGGUGUAGCAACACAAGCUAGCUACCCUCUAGUAUAAUUCUUAAUAAAGCCUACUGUUGUCAUUCAGUUUUGCAUUUUAGUGUGUCACAUCAUUUCAAAAUUUUAUAGGUUUUUUUUUUUCAUCAAUUGUAUAAAUUCCCAUGUUAUAAAUAGAUUUCAAGGCAUAUAUUUCUAUUUUAAUAUGUAAAACUAGAUUCAGAACAAUGUUACUUUUAGAAAGACUUCCUAAGCUUGGCAGCCCCAAAUUUGUACAUAUGUUAAAGGUUUUGAAUUAAAAUUUGUUGUGCCCAGUGUUCUUUAGGGGAAAAUCAAUGUUUUGACUAAACAAUUGUCAAAAUCUUGUUGAUACCCAAACAUGAUAAAAAUGAUAUGAUAGAAAAAUAGUUACAAAAUGAUGCACUUUUCUUAUUAUAUUAUUAUUUCUAAGGAAUACAAUUUUGAAUUGCAGUGAUGCAUAUUUUUCUUUCAUUAAAGAUGUAACUUAAUGUAAGUAAUAUCAUUUGCAUAUCAUGAAUCUUGUUUAUAUGUUCUUAUUACUUUAAAGGACAAUUUUGUAACUGGGGACUAAGUGAAUUGCAGUGAUAUGUAAAAAAUCCUUAAUUUAAUGCAUGUAAUGUUAAUCUCAUAUGAUGAAUCUUGUUUAUAUGUUUUUAUUUGAUGAAUUUGUGAAUAAUAAAAUAUUUUUACUACAUAAAA